AUCACUCCCAAGCAACCUGGGCCCCUUUGUGAUGUCCUGGGGCUACAUCAGUAACCAGCGGGACUGUAGGCCUUUAGUAACUAGGGCUGCACUCUCAUGUUGAAGUGAGUGAAGGACAAGCCACCUCUCGGGAUGGCUAAAAGUGAGGAAUGGAAGCCAGGAGGCCAGAGGCACAGCCUCAGAACAGCAUCUCUUCCCUCAGAAACGAGGACUUCCCUUGUGGACACAGAGUUCAGCCCUCCUCCGGAAGACCUCAGCUCCUCCCAGGACAUCCUGGAGCCCUUGGAGUACCCUGAUUUCAGGCUGCUACUGGAAGAAAUUGCUCGCCAGGCUUCGAUCGACGAGCCUUUUUGGACAAAGCCACUGAGCCUCUAUGAGUUUCUGGCUCUGGGAGAAGAAGAUCUCCUCUCUCUCCCCUUCCCCCAAAAGCUGUGGAUCGUCGCCAACAGCACCUACUUUGUGUCCAUAUGGUGGGACGAUAGCGGCACAUGUAUAGGGAUCAAUGAAAACCUGUUUCAAAAGGAGGUUCUGGAAAGGACCCGCCCCUUCAAGGUGUUUGACACAGACGACAUGAAGAGCUUCAAACACGAGUUGCACCUGUACGGCUUCAACGAGACGCAUCAGGACGUUUGCGCAUCCCUCCACCUCUUCGACGAAUUCACCGAAGAGACUACAGUCUAUGUCAUGAGCACGCUAAAGUUCUACUCCUGUCCAUUCUUUAAAAAAGACUCACCUCACCUUCUCGAGAGGAUGAGGAGAGUGGGCAUGACGUUUGACUCGCGCCAGUCAGAGAGUAACCCUACACUCCCCAAACAACAAAAGAGCCGAAAGACUCCCAUUGCGGUGGAUGGGAAGACUCGACUGGAGGACCAAGAAUGUGUCUGUCACCUCACCAGGAGGGACUUUGUGCCACUAGCAGGUGCUGACAAAGUGCCCGGGCCCACCCCAGUGAAUGGUGAGGCUCCAGUAACCCAGCCAGCCAACUGGUGGCCAGAGAUCGCCCAGGCUCACUUUGCUCUGCUGUGGGACGUCACCAUGCCCGCAGAGUUCCCGUACAAUUUAGACGCCCCUUUGACCCAGAUGAGUAUCUAUGAGCCUAUGCAGGGCCUUCCUACCAUGCUUCCUAGGAUGUGCACCCUGCCGACCGCACAACCGCUGGCUGAACUGCUGCCAAUCUGCCAUCCCUCGAUGCCCGUGCCCAUUGCGGCCGACGGGCCUGACAACCCCGUGGUCAUGGGCCACCAUCUUCCGGCUCCGUUCCACUGCCGUGCCGACUACCACUGUGUUGCAGAGCAGGUCGUGGCAGCUACUGAUGGGCUCCCGAUGUCCCCGGACGAUUCAGACUCGCCCAGAUAAAGGCCAACACUUGGUCAGAACAGAUUGUGCUGGCCAAUGAAAAGGGUCAGAGUACGAAUAAAGCUUUGU